AUGGACGUGGCAUCGCUGGGGAGUCUCCCAGACGAUCUCAUUCUCGACAUUGUCCAGCAUCUGGACACGGCCCGCGAUGUGGCUCAUCUGGCGAGCGCAUCGCGACAUGCCCAUGCCGUCAUCAACCAAAGCGGAUGGCGCAGCUUCGUGAGGGCCAAGUUCCCUUCCAUCAACAUCCCCUUAGGCGCUUUAACGGGCUGGAAUGCCGUGGCAGACCGCUUGACGUAUCUCGACCGGUGUUGGGACAGUCGUGGGUUCUAUCUGACGGUGUAUGGAGAAAAGCCGCCGGCGCGGACCAAGAGGAGGGAGUUUCCUAGGAGCAGGCAGUCUGUCAACUUUCACUCCGUCAUUGACGCUACGACGAUUGUGUCUACGCAGGAGGAGCUGCUGGCGUGUGGCGCGGGAGAGAAUCUGAUUCUUCGACGAAAGGGCGUGAGCAGCAAGGGCUCAGAUAGCUGGAGCAAGUUGGGAGGCCGUGAGACUGGAUAUGCGGCUGGGACGGGAGACGUGACGGCAAUCAGCCUCAUCCAGCGCCAGCAGGUCCCAGAGGUGGUUGUUGGAAGGGCUGACGGAAGUCUUCAGCUCUUGUCUGUCGGGGAUGAGACACUAUCGGACGCAUCUCAGAGUUUUAUUCCUUCACACGACGCUAACAACCCAUCCGGAGUGCCCCUAAGCCGAAAGUCUCCUGGACAGAGAGCGAUUUCAUGGACCGAGUGGGAGUCUGACGCCAAGUUGCUGGCAAGCUGCAGGAGCUCCGUCUUGACGCUUUACAACCUUUCCGAUACCGAAGAGGCAACACUGAAACCUGUUCUCUACUACGACGUGGCUAAAGAUGGCUCCGUUGACGAGGUUUCGCUUCUGCGCAGCGCCAAGUUCAUGGCCAACGAUGUGAUUGCUUGCAGCAUUGGUGGCAGCACCGAGCCUUUGAGAUGGGCCAAGAUGCGGCCCAGUGGAAUUGAGUUUUUCAACGCAGCAAUGAGUUCCAGGAUUAGUGGCAAUGCUUCGGCGGAUUCCAAGAGAUCGGCUGAGAAGACGACGGUUCGUGCUAUUCAGCCGGUUACAAGGAUGAAUGAUAAUCUGCUGCUCAGUGCCUGGGACGACGGAAGUCAUAGGCUAUCAGAUUUACGAACUCCUUCAGCCCACGAUGUCCUGUAUCGUGAUGGCUUCCAGCCGUAUCAGGCCAGUAGUUCAUUGCUAGUAUACGGAUCUGAGCGAUUCGUAGCUGGCAACAACUGCAGCCCCGAUCUUCGAUUCUUCGACUUUCGUUUCCCAAAACCAUAUCAUCACACUAAUGCCAUGCCUUGUUCUGCAAACACGCCUCUCCCCGGACGGCCCCAUCAGUACGGAGCCAUUAACGAAGUCGAUGGACUUCAGAUCAAUCCGGUCGAGGAGUGCGAUUCCUCGUCUGGUCGAGCAUGUACAUGGCACCAUCUAUCACGACAAGAUAGCUGGCGGCCAGAUGCAGUCAUGCACAUCUACAGCACAUCCAUGGACCGAGUCCACUCUUUAGCUAAAGCAUCUGACUUGUCGACGUCGUUCUACUGCGCUGUCAGGGGAGCUGUUGUAGAGGCGACGUAUUCUAUGGCUGAAGAUGUAGACUUGGUGGUCUCUCGCCGGUCAUCGCCGGAAGGAUGGCAGGCUAUUGACCCUGAGGGAAGAGCUUCGUUGAUAGAGACGGGUGUUGGCUUGCGUGAUGGAGAGGCGCAGUUGGAGGAGCAGACGCAGACGAGGAUGCCGGAGUUGUAUUACUAUGAGCGGUGGAGGAUUCCGGAGGGGGAGACUGAGUAUAAGAGGGAGCAGGGAAGGCGUUUGGAUCCGGCGUUGGUGACUAGCCGAAGGAGCAGAGGAUGA